CGUUGCUUUAGUCUCCUGUGCUGGCCCCUGAGCUGGGUUCCCUCUUCACUGUUGCUUCUUCAGGAGGCUGUAGGUGUCUCUGCUGCAGCCUCUGCCCUUCUGUGACUUGCAGGUACUGGGACAUUUGUAGAGGACACCGGGACACCCCGGAAGCUGGGAAAUGGAACUAUUGACAUUCAGAGAUGUGUCUAUAGAAUUCUCUAUGGAUGAGUGGGCCUGCCUGGACCUUGCUCAGCAGAAUUUGUAUCGGGAUGUCAUGUUAGAGACCUACAGACACCUGGUCUUCCUUGGGCUGCCUGUCUGUAAGCCAUACCUCAUCACCUGUCUUGAGCAAAGCAAAGAACCCUGGAAGGUGAAGACACACCAGACAGUAGUCAAGCACCCAGUUACAUCUAAUCGUUCUACCCAGGACAGUUCACAAGUGCUGGACUCAAACAUUUUAUUACCAAAGAUAAUGCUGAGAAGAUAUCAAAAUGAUGGCCCUGAGUAUUUAAACUCAAUAAACUACUGGGAUCGGGUGCAUGAGUAUAAGCAGCAGAAAGUAUGUUACAAUGGUCUGGAUGAGUGUUUAACAGCUAUGCAUGGUAAAAUCUACCAAUGCAGUAAACAUUUCAAAUUUGUGAGAAACUUAUCAAGUCUAAAUAGACAUAAGAUGAUAUAUACCGAGGAGAAAACUUUUGAGUGUAAAAAACAUGGGAAAGCCUUAAACCUGUGCUCAAACUUUGGAAAACAUAAGAUAACUCAUUUAGUGGAAAAGCAGGACAAAGGUAAAGAAUGUUGCAAAGUCUUUAAAUCUUGCUCAAGCUUGUCUAAGCACAGGGGACUUCGUACUGGAGAGAAAAUCUACCAUUGCGAAAAUGGUAACAAGUGGCUUAGCCACAACUCAAAAUAUUCUAACCAUAAGACAGUUUAUAACGGAGAGAAAAUCUACAAAUGUGAGGAAUGUGGCAAAGCCUUUAACCAUUACUCAACCCUUUCUGUGCAUAAAAGAAUUCAUUCUGGAGAGAAACCCUAUAAAUGUGAAGUAUGUCGCAAAGCCUUUAGCCAUUACUCAACACUUUCUGUACAUAAAAGAAUUCAUUCUGGGGAGAAACCGUACAAAUGUGAUGAAUGUGGAAAAGCCUUUAAGCAGUCCUCAAACCUUUCUGGACAUAAAAGAAUUCAUUCUGGAGAGAAACCAUACAAAUGUCAAGAAUGUGGCAAAUCCUUUAAGGAUUACUCAACCCUUUCUGUGCAUAAAAGAAUUCAUUCUGGAGAGAAACCAUACAAAUGUCAACAAUGUGGCAAAGCAUUUAACCAUUCCUCAACCCUUUCUGUGCAUGAAAGAAUUCAUUCUGGGGAGAAACCAUACAAAUGUCAGCAAUGUGGCAAAUCCUUUAACCAGUACUCAAACCUUUCUGUACAUGAAAGAAUUCAUUCUGGGGAGAAACCAUACAAAUGUCAAGAAUGUGGAAAAGCCUUUAAACAGUCCUCACACCUUUCUCGACAUAAAAGAUUUCAUUCUGGAGAGAAACCGUACAAAUGUCAAGAAUGUGGCAAAUUCUUUAAUGAUAACUCAACUCUUUCUGUACAUAAAAGAAUUCAUUCUGGGGAGAAACCAUACAAAUGUGAAGAAUGUUGCAAAGCCUUUAGCAAUUUCUCAACCCUUUCUGUACAUAAAAGAAUUCAUUCUGGGGAGAAACCAUACAAAUGUGAAGAAUGUGGCAAAGACUUCAGCAAUUAUUCAACCCUUUCUGUACAUAAAAGAAUUCAUUCUGGGGAGAAACCAUACAAAUGUGAAGACUGUGGCAAAUCCUUUAAGCAGUCCUCACACCUUUUUGGACAUAACAGAAUUCAUUCUGGAGAGAAACCAUACCAAUGUCAAGAAUGUGGCAAAUCCUUUAAGGAUUACUCAUCCCUUUCUGUACAUAAAAGAAUUCAUUCUGGAGAGAAACCAUACAAAUGUGAACAAUGUGGAAAAGCCUUUAACCACUGUUCAACCCUUUCUGUACAUAAAAGAAUUCAUUCUGGAGAGAAACCCUAUACAUGUGAAGAAUGUGGAAAAGCCUUUAAGCAUUACUCAUCCCUUUCUGUACAUGAAAGAAUUCAUUCUGGGGAGAAACCCUACAAAUGUCAACAAUGUGGAAAAGCCUUUAACCAUUGUUCAACCCUUUCUGUACAUAAAAGAAUUCAUUCUGGAGAGAAACCUUAUGAAUGUCAACAAUGUGACAAAUCCUUCAACCAGUACUCAAACCUUGCUACACAUAAAAAAGUUCAUUCUGGAGAGAACUUAUAAAUAUGAAUAGUGUGGCAAACCCUCUAAAUCAGGUUGGAACGGGCCUGUCCAUAAAAAAGAAUCAUACAACAUAGAAAUCCUACAAAUAUGAAGAAUGUGGCAGUACCUUUACUUGGUGUUCAUAAUUUACUAAGCAUAAAAUAACCUACACUGGAGAGAAAUUCUACAAAUGUGAACAGAGUGGCAAUGCACUUAAACCAGAGGUCAAAACUUAGUAUAUAUAAGAAAAUUCAUCUUGGAGAGAAAUCUUACAAAUGUGAGUAAUAUGGCAAAGGUUUUUUUUUUUUUUUUUUAAUUGUUGGGGAUUGAUUGAGUGUACGAGAAACCAAGUUACACUGAUUGCAUUUGUUAGGUGAAGUCUCUCUUAUAAAUGUGUCUUAUCCCCAAACAGUGUGUAAAAAAUACAGAACUCUGGGAGGAAAGUAUACAUUUUCAGCAAGAGAAGCUAAUGGAACAAUAGACAUUCUGAAUUCACACUACCUGUUGCACAUUACUUAUUACACCAACAGCUCUCUCUUGCUGCUUUUCAGGUAAUAUAGCUCCUUACUUAUCCCUGUUCCAUUUCCUCUUUUUUGUUUUGCACAUGCACAUCAUCCCCCAGUUGGGCCUUAUAUUCAAAAGCUUACAAAGGGGCCUCUCCACAAGCAGAACAUUAAAGCAGAUUUUUAAGGUCUUGGUAAGAAGAAUCCAGAUGAAGAGAUAGCAAGAGAAAGCCAGGCCAGCAUCAGGCCCCAAGAGCAGAAGGAAGCUUUUGAAAUGAUUGCUACCCCUAGGAAGAAGGUAGUGUUACUACCUAGUUACAGAGUUACUCUAGAGGGUCAGGCAAGAAGACACCAGGCCAAACCCCUUCAUUCACUAUGACUAUGGGUUCUUGGAGUAAGGAGUGACUUAGGAAGGGGACUCUGCUGGGACCAUCCCCUCACUAUUAGGGAGAUGCACUGGAAGUGACAUUGCCGUUUCUUGGAGACAGGGGGUCAUACUCGCCUUCCAGACCCUGUGGCAUCCAUGAACCAGCUCUGACUCCCUGGAAAUCUUCCAGUCUGAUGGACACACUCAAGCUUCAGAGCAAGGUGCAGUUCCAGAUGCUGGGAAGGCUGUUUGUUGGGUAGCUGUCCCUGUCACAGUAAAAAAGCUGAUGUUCACAACAUUAGAGCCACUCCUCUGCUCUCCCUGGAUAUUCAGGGCCUCUGUUUCCCUCUCCUAUAUCUCUCUUAAAAAUGGAAGGUAAAAUACAAACACACAGUGUACUCUGAAGUCCCUCUGCUCCUUGGUUGGUGAUGCCUUGUUUAUUCCUUUUAGUGUUUUCCAGCAUUGUUUGAUGAAGCCGAUUUUUUUUUUUUUUUUUUUUGAGACAAAGUCUCAAGCUGUCACCCUGGGUAAAAUACCUUGGCAUCACAGCUCACAGCAACCUCCAGUUCUUGGGCUUAAGCGAUUCUCUUGCCUCAGCGUCCCAAGUAGCUGUACUACAGGCACCUGCCACAAUGCCUGGUUAUUUUUUGGGUGCUGUUGUUGUUUGGGAGGCCUGGGCUGGAUUUGAACCUGCCACCUAUGGUGUAUGUUGUUGGCACCCUAGCUGCUUGAGCUACAGGCACUGAGCGUGUUGGAUGAAGUCUUAAUUUUAGGUUAGAGACCUAAAUUCCUCAAAACCACAGGCCACCUUCCCAGGCCUUUAUAUAGAAAAGUCUUAACUGGGAUCUCAUUUUCAUUUUUUUUUUUUUGUAGAGACAGAGUCUCACUGUACCACCCUCGGGUAGAGUGCCGUGGCAUCACACGGCUCACAGCAACCUCCAACUUCUGGGCUUAAGCAGUUCUCUUGCCUCAGCCUCCCGAGCAGCUGGGACUACAGGCGCCCACCACAACGCCUGGCUAUUUUUUUGUUGUUGUUGCAGUUUGACCAGGGCUGGGUUUGAACCCGCCACCCUCGGCAUAUGGGGCCGGCGCCCUACUCACUGAGCCACAGGCACCACCCUGGGAUCGCAUUUUCAUUCAAAAUAGAUAAAAACUUAAAGGAAGAAGGAACCCAGAUGUAGGAGAGAGAUGUGAUGAAACUCAUGAAUAUGGAGAAACAUGGGUGGUAAGGAACACUAAAAGGAAAGAGAAUGAUUUUGUGUAGGACAGAACCUAAUAUAACAAUAUUUGUCCCAAAAUAAGUUAUGGUUUCAGAAGGAAAAUUUCAGACAAACAUUGGGCUUCAGUAUGUCAAAAAUGUCUAUGUAAGGGAUAAUAUUUGCAAAGGUAAAUUUAUAAAAUAUUUCGUAUGUGAACUGGUUGGCCUAACUGAAAAGGGAAUCUCCAACAAAGUGUUAGUUUUGUUUUGAGACUUUAAAACCUCUUCAGAUUGCUGUGUAUAUGUUGAGAGUGACAAAUUGAUUAUUCAGCAUCAAUCUGCCAUAAUAGCAUUAAAAUAAAUCUGUCUUUCUGUAUUUUCUUCUGCCUGUCUGAAACUGUAUUUGCUUAGUUAUGGGUGUUGAGAUCAAGAGUACUAAACUGUUAUCUCUACUCAAGGUCAUCAGUUUCUCCUUUGAAACUGAAGAAAAACAGGAGCCAACUUUAUCCUUUAAAACACCAGCCUCUUUUUCUUACUGCCUGAUGUUUUCACUCCUUCCUCUGUGUCUUUAAUUCACUCCUCACACUUCUUGGGUUGUUAUUGCUAAGAUAAGAUGGCAGAAUGUGUACACGUAAUUACUGCCACUCUUCAACAACAUAUUUUUCUUUCACCAGUGUGGACUCUGGCCACACUGGACCAUUUCUGGUUGUGGGACAAACUGGGGACCCCUAACCUUUAAUGCCUUUUUUGAGUUGUGACUUUCUCAAUGAAAUAAGGUGUUUGAAUUUGAUUUUUCACCUGCUGCAUCACUGGUGGCUCUUUCAUAAAUCUAUGUCCUUGCUCCACUCUUGGCUGUUAGAAAGGUCUAAUUAGCCACCUCAACACGAAGCAAAUGGCCUGUGUUAAACUUCUUCACAGACUCCCUGAAGAGAUCCAGGAAGAGACCGCAGACGCCUCUCAGGCUGAAUCAAUGGGCAGCUCUUUCACUGUGGUCACUAGUAAAACUCAGGUCAGACUGGGAGGUCCUCUGAGCAUGAGGAGUUAGUGAGCCAAAAGCAACAGAGUUACCCAGGCACAAGUAAGUAUAAAACUCAGGAAUUGAGAGUGCUUGGUAAGGGAUGCCACCUGCCACUGGAAUCUGACCUUGUGAUUCUGGGUGAGAAAAUUCAGGCCCCAGCCAACUCUGGCAACCUGAGAUGGGCACAGCAUUGUCCACAGGUAAUACUUGGUCCCUGACUAUGAUGACUUUAUGGACAGUAACAGUUUGGUACAAUGGCUCUAGGGAUGCCCAGUCCAAUGGUUAGUGUACCCUCUCUUUACCUGUGGAAAGCUGUGGACCAAGGCUUUCUUAUAGUGGGGCUACAUAUUCAUUGCUUAAUACUUCACUCUCCCCUCUGACUAAACAAUCUAGUUCUGUAGCAGAAGGGACAGGACAGAUGGAACACAAAUUCUUAAACCUCUUACAUGCUAGAUCGGAAAAAAAGAGUUGACUUAUCAGUUCCCUUAGAUACCUGAUUGGCUUGCUCUAUUGUUGGGAGAGAUUUACUAUCUAAAUUAAAUACUCAGGCUUGGUGCCUGUAGCUCAAGUGGCUAAGGCGCCAGCCACAUACACAGAAGUGGCGAGUUCGAAUCCAGAUUGUGCCUGCCAAGCAACAAUGACAGCUACAACUAGAAAAUAGCUGAUUGUGGUUGGUUCCUGUAGUCUCAGCUACUUGGGAGGCUGAGGCAACAGAAUCGCUUAAGGCCAGGAAUUUGAGGUUGCUCAAAAUCACGGCAUGGCACUCUACCCAGGGUGAUAGAUUUAGGCUCAGUCUCAAAAAUAAAUAAAUAGAUUAAUUAAUUAAUUAAAUAUUCAGAUUAUUGUUUCUCCAGAAAACAAUAGCCUCCCAAUGAAUGUACUCCAUGAACACACCUGGUAGGUGUUAGUCUAGUGUCUGGAGGAUGAGGACAAAUGGCCAGAAGAAAUCAACAUCCAGGUAAACUUCUCCAUCUGGGAAGAGGUUCCUCCUGGGAAACAUCAGGAUCCCGUCAGUGGAGAUUCAUUUAAGCUCGACCACCACAAAAACUUUCAUACCCUCUGAAACACAGUGUUACUAGACACAGCCCCUUUGGCAAGUUUAUGAGAUACGGGCCUGUAAGGCCCUUCUAAUCUUCAUAUAACACCCCUAUUCUUUUCUCGAAAAGUCUAGAAUAGAUGAAUACUUACUGUCCUACAUCUAAGAAUUAUAAAUAAACUAGUAUUUUACAUUCAUCUGAUGGUACCUAACACUUAAAUUAUUUUGAUUUCUGUCCCUUUAAUGUAUGAUUUGUGUUAUACUGUGUGUCUCUUUGCCUGUAUCCCCAGGGGUACACGUCUGAUUUUGAGUCCAUUUUCUACUUGAUGAUAGGUAACUUGCACAAAUAGGAGCUUGGGGGGUGAUAAAAGCAAUACUUGGCCCCCUCUGUCUUGGUUUCCCCCUUGGCAGGUACUAGGUUUAUGAAGCGAGCUGGAGCAGUGGUGGGUUCUGACUAGUUUUCACCAAGAAUGUUUCUUAUCCUGUAGAGAUAAUCACCUGACGUUUUGCAGCAGUGAUUUCUUUGUGUUAAUUUUUUUCGUUUGGCUUUCACAAGAUUGUGCUGUGAAAUAACAUGCUACAAGUACAGAUGAAUGUCAGUCUAUUACCCAAAUAACAAAUGGUAACAAUUUUUUUUUUUUAAAACUAGAGUCACUCCCGGUAGAGUAUCGUGGCAUCACAGCUCACAGCAACCUCUAACUCUUGGGCUUAGGCAAUUCUCUUACCUCGCUUCUCAAGUAGCUGGGACUAUAGGUGCCCACCACAAUGCCCAGAUAGGGAACAACACUUUUAAAUCUUUUUUUUUUUUUUUAAAGAUGUCCUUAAUUUAUAAUGCCUCUUAUAUACAUUAUUUGGAAAUUAUUUUGUGAAUUAUUAUAUUAUAGCUAAGUCAGUACUUCAAACACAGACACAACAUUUUAAUUACUAUUUAUUUUCAAUCUAUGGUGACCAAAAACCUUCUAUUUGCACAGCCUAUGGGGCCAAAAAGCAUUUUUUAAUCCCCAAUUCUUUCCUAAAAAAUAAAGAAGAAGCAAAAAUAUAUAGUUCCAAAACAGCAAUUAACAUGUUCAGAAAAUGCCACCUAAGGUGGUGCCCAUUGCUCAGUGGGUACAGUGCCAUGCACAUACAUCAAGGCUAGUGGGUUCGAACCUGGUCCGGGCCAGCUAAAACAAUGACAACUGCAAUAAAAAAAAUAGCCGGGCGUUGCGGUGGUGCCUGUAGUCCCAAGUACUAGGGAGGCUGAGGCAAAAGAACCACUUAAACUCAAGAGUUUGAAGUUAUCGUGAGCUGUAGAUCCCACGGCAGUCUACUGAGGGCGACAUAGUGAGACGCUAUCUCAAAAAAAGAAAAGAAAAGAAAAAGAAACACUUAAUUUCUUUUUCUUUCUUUCUUUUUUUCUUUUUAAGACAGAGCCUCAAGCUGUCGCCUGAGUAGAGUGCUGAGGCAUCACAGGUCACAGCAACCUCCAACUCCUGAGCUUACCAGAGUAUAGGUGCCCGCCAUCACGCCUAUCUAUUUUUUGGUUGGUAGUUGUCAUUGUUGUUUGGCAGGCCUGGGCUCAAUUUGAACCCGCCAGCUCUGGUGUAUGUGGCUGGUGCCUUAGCCACUUGGGCUACAGGCGCUGAGCCUUAAGUUUCUACUCAUAGAGUCAAACACAGAAACUUUCUCCAAGUCUUGCCACAAUAGAAGAUUUUUAUUAAAGGAUUAUUAUUCAAUGAUGAAACCACUGGCUGUAUAAGAUUUGUAGGGAAAACAAAUUAUUAUAUUUACAUGAGCAAGUUUACAAUAUUGAAUUCCAAUUUCUACUUAGAUUUAAUGAGUCGUCUGUGUCAUUAGAAAGAACUGAAGGUUAUACUAAUGAAAAUAAGUUUAUAAUAACUUUGUGUAUAAUACAUAUGGUUUACAUGUAAUUAAUAAACCUAACCACACACAUAUAAAUGACCUUUCUAAAGGAAAGUAAUAAACUAAAUCUAAUAUUUAAUUACCAAUGUGUGUCAAUUUAAACAUUCCUCAGUAUUCUUUAUUUUUAUUAAUUAAUUAACCUUGUUGACAAUAUUCCAACCAUGAAGGCAUUGGCUUCCAGCAUGAGGCCACAGUCUUCUAUUUGUAAAAUCCUACAAAUCCACUUUCCAAGUAUUAAAGUACUGAAUAAAAGAAUAAGUUUCAAGAUACUUGCUGCCUUCAGUUUGGAAGGAGAAUUCUAGAUUAUACACAGAUGAGUUAGGUGUACAGUAAGAGAAAACAUGCAAAAAAUUUUUACUAGUAAUAAACACUUUAAUCUCAUGUGGUAUUAUAGCAUACAGUUUAAUUACAGGAAUUAUAAUUUAUGAUAUAACUUAUGACAAAAAUACUCUGGCAUAGUCACUUGCUUCUCACUGCCAUUCUUGUGUUAUUUACAAACAAUCCGUUUAAUGAUGGUUCUAUGCCACAGACAAUUGAUGAGGUCAUGGCCAGAGGUUCCAACUAAAGAAGUUUCCAGAUCUCUAAAGAGAAUUCGAUGCAGUUCUUGCACAUCAUGUUGCCUCAUCUCAUUGCUACAGCUGUUAGUGAGGUCUGUGUAUGCAGCUUCCUGGUCCAGGACCAGAAGCUGAGCAGAUAAGCGCUGUCCAGGACCAGAAGCUGAGCAGAUAACCAGCAGAUAAGCGCUGGUUUGAGUCACACCUUUGCAUCAGGCUUAUCCUUAACUUUGAACAAACCAAGCUCUUCUGGACCAAGAGAAAAUGAAGCUCUGAAUUCAGGUGUGAAAUGAAGUGUCUGAAGAAGGGAAUUAAGAUGACCAGUUCCUGGCUGGCGCCUAUAGUCCCAGCUACUCAGAAGGCUGAGGCAAGAGAAUUGCCUAAGCCCAAGAGUUGGAGGUUGCUGUGAGCUGUGACGCCAUGGUACUCUACCAAGGGCAAUAACGUGAGACUCUGUUUCUACAAAAAAAAAAAAAAAGAUGACAUUUCCGCCCUGAUUUCUGAUUGUGCUUACAUUGGUGAAUUCUCUAGGAGCAGUUGGCUCCAAAACUUUAGUCUUUAAUUUUUUCCGUUCUCCGUACUGAUUAUUUGGCACACUGGAAUAAUUCUCUUCAAAUAGAUCCCCAAACAUUGUGCAACUAAAUACUACCUGGCUAAAGCCGAGCCCCAGUCCCAGAACACACAGUGCCAGAACACACAGGGGAUGAAAUGACCCCAAAUGUACACUGCCAUAUUGGCGAGGUAGGUCUUCAAAAUGUGAUUUUUAAUCUUUUUCUAAUUAUAAAGAAAUAUUUUUGAGAUCUGAGAAUUACAUUUGUGAACUUACCACCGUGCGCUUACAGUGGCAACCCUGUACAAACCACCCAGCAAGAUUCCAUAAUCUUGGUGUAUCAGUGUCUCACAGUUCUGUUCUAUUAACUUGUGUUGGUGUCUUGCUGGGUGAUGUUUAUUUUUGUUCUUGUGUGUUUUGUGAGAAUGUCAGAGCUUGAAUCAGAGAAAUGAACAAGCUUUUGAAAAUUUCUUCUUAAACUUAGGAAGAGCAGAAGUGAAAUCAGGGAUCUAUUAGAACAAGAUUCUGGUCAUAAGGCCAUGAAGAAAAUGGCAGUUUAAUAAACUAAAGGGUUUUUUUAAAGUAAGUAUACUUAGAAAAUAUAAUUUGAGAAAAAAAAUGUAUGGGAUCAAUUAUAAAUACUACUGUCCCAAGGGUUAUUGGUUUUAGUAGUAGGGCAAAGAUGCUAAAAUUUGAUUUCAGACCAUAUUUAUGAUAAUGUCAAAAGGAAGAUUUCAAUGAACUCAGAAUUACUAAACAGAAAAAAAAAAAAAGAAAAUGGCAGUUUACAAAUGGAUUGAACAUUUUUCUGAGAGUAGAGAAAGCAUCACUGAUGAAGACUUGCGAGGGCAGCCAAUAAUGAGCAGAAGCAAUGAAAACAUUUACAAAAAUUCAUUAAGAGGGUGUCAAAAUCUUCACUUGAUUGUGACAAGCAUAGCAGACCAUGGAAACAUCAACAGAGAAACAGGACAAUCUUAACUGAACAUCUUGCCUACUAACUCAUGGCAGUGCAGCAGUUUACAUCACAUUGUGAGGGAGUACUUAGCUAGUGAAGAAAUAAUUGUAUUGGAACACCCUUCCUUUUCACCUGAUAUGGCCCCCAAUGACAUUUCUGUUAACUGAAGAUAAAGAAGAAAAUAUAUUUUGAGACAGAGUCUCCCUUUGUCACCUUCUAUAGAGUUUUACGGCAUCAUAGCUCACAGCAACCUCAAGCUCUUGGGCUUGAGCUAUUCUCUUGCCUCAGCCUCCCAACUAACUGGGACUAUAUGUGCCUGCCGCAAUGCCUGGCUAUUUUUAGAGAUAGUUUCUCGCUCUUGCUCAGGUUGGUCUGGAACCCAUGAGCUCAGGCAAUCCACCUGCCUCAGCCUCCCAGAGUGCUAAGGAUUACAGGUGUGAGUAGGAAAUAUUUUCUUAAAAAGACAUCUUACUCACAUUCUGAAUGUCAGAGGUAGUACAACAGCAGCUAUUACGGACAUUCAAAGAAAACUAAAGGUUUACAAAAUUGCAUUGAAGGGUAGACUAAGCACUGGCAUCAGUAAGUAACUUUCCAAGUGGAGUAGUUUGAAUGUGAUAAUAGUGAUAUUCAGGAAUUAGGUCCUAACACUAUAAAGAUGUCAAGUUAUAUCAAUCUAUGUGAGGAGAAAAUCUCCCCUUUCUUCCAGUGUCACUUGGUUCAUAGGAGAAACUUAACAGUGUUUAUUCUUCCGGAUACUUCCUAUGAAUUUAUAAAUAUACACUUUAAGAAUAAAUUAUAUCAUUCUCCAUUGUUCUUUUAUUUACUGUUUUCCAAGCUAUGAUUAACUGGCAUGUACAUGUAUCAGUUUGAGAUCAGCUCUGAGGCCUAUUUCAGUACUAGUUCUUACUGUUAAACUUCAAAUCCCAAACACAACUGAAACAUGUAAAUUAAAAAUUGUAGUGUACAUAUAGGCAGUUGUCUUUGAAGACAUGUUCUGGUUUUAAAUGGAGUUCUAGUUUAUCAUCAUUAAAUUGUUUUCAUUUACUAGAAUGAUAAAAUGCUGGCUUGGCACCUGUAGCACAGUUGUUAGGGUGCUAGCCACGUGCACCAAAGCUGCCGGGUACAAGCCCAAAUCGGGCCAGCUAAACAAACAAACCAAAUGACAACUGAAACCAAAAAAAAAAAAAAAAAAAGCUGGGCAUUGUGUCAAGUGCAUGUAGUCCCAGCUACUUAGGAGGCUGAGGCAAGAGAAUCAUUUAAGGCCCAAGAGUUUGAGGUUGCUGUGGGCUGUAAUGCCACAGUACUCUACCGAGGGUGACAAAAAAAAAAAAGUAUGAUAAAAUGCU